GAGCAGCCUCCCAGCGCCACGACUUCCCCCUGCACCCUGCCAGGGAGUGUUUCAGCAGCCUGUGACAGCAGCCAGGCCCCCAUGGCCUGGCACUGAACCCCCUGCACCCUCCCUGCUCAGGGCUGGCCUCGGUGCUGCUCCACCAGGGAAACGCCAGCCCAGGAGCUGCAGGAAGAUGAUGUGCCUGCGCGCCUCCCCACCGGCGCUGGCGUUGAGGACGUGCCUGAGGCUCGGGCUCUUCGUGCUGCUCUGCCUUGGGAUAGGCCAAGCGCUGGAAAAGAAAGUAGUCAAAAGCAAAGUGGGGGAAAAGGUCAGCCUGCCUUGUUGUCAUGAAAUUCCCAGCUCAGAAAGCCUCCACAAGUACCGGGUGUACUGGCAGAAGAACGUUACAGACGUGGUGCUGGCCUACUCAGAGGGGAACAUGAUCUCCCAGCACGAGCGGUACCAGAACCGGACAGAGAUGGACCCCUGGAACCUCACGCUGUGGAUCUCCCCCGUGGAAAUCCUGGACAAUGGCUCCUACCAGUGUGUGGUUCAGCGCAACUCAGUGCUGGUGUGUAGUGAGCCUGUCAUCCUCUUUGUGACAGCUGACUUCAGCAAGCCCAACAUCACGGCAGAAGUGACCGCUGACUCUUGCGAGUUGACUGAGAUGGUGAUAACCUGCUCUUCUCAUGGAGGUUUCCCCAAGCCCAAAAUCUCUGGAGCCCUCAACAACAUGUCUGUGGAGUGGAAUGCCAGCUGGGUGUCUGAGUCCAGCUUCAGCCCCUACAAUGUCACUGGAAAACUGGUGCUCAACGUGACCAAAGACGUCAACAUGACUUGCUCCGUUGAAUACAGUGGCUUUGCCACGUCUGCCAGUUUGCUUCUGAAAAAAACAAACAACUGUGUUGUUCCUCCUGUGCCUCCACCUUAUAAUGUCAUUACUGCUUCAAUUAUCAUCGUUAUCACCUUCAUUCUGGCUGUCACCCUGGCAGCAAGAUACCUCCCAAGGCAUGUUUGUUCUCACUGUUGCAAGCACCAGGAUUCGGUGGAAGAGGGUGUGAAAGAAUACACAAAGGCACCCAUGACAGCUGAAACAUCAUCUGUAUGACCAGAGAGCAUUUGCAGGGAAUGGAAAGAAGGCAGCAAUCAAGGAAAGACUGGGAAGACUAAAUCAGCAUAUCUAAGACUGGUUUGUGAACACCAUGAACAAGCAAAAGAAGAACUGAGGUUUGGAAAACCUAGUGUGUCGUGGUUUCUCUAAAUGUUUGAACCCACAGGCCCAGACACCCUGCUAGUCCACAACUGAAGGGGCAGAGCUGUUCCUCACCACUCUGCCAGCUUCUGUUCGUACAGCUCCCUGCGCUCACGACUCCUCUUCUCCUGCAAGGUCUCACCAGCCAAGCCAUACAUUGCCAUUAGGAGGCCUCCUGCAGGAAUCCUGAAGGAGGAAGCAAAGAAGUCACCAGUCACCCAGGGGACACACAACAGCAAUAGCUUACUGGCAUCAGCAAAAGGAGCAUGCAGGGGCCCAAAAUUCAUAACACACCACAGACUAAGGUACUCCUGUUCUACUGCCACCCACCAACCACAGCUUCUUUUCAGCUGUGACUCAAUGGAGCUUCUGUGAUAACGUAUUUUGAAUUUACUCAUUGACAGGCACACACAGGACAAAUGAGUGGAAGGAUUUAUGGCGCCCAGUGAAGACCCCAUUGAACACCUAAACCGUAUUUCAGACAGUGACACCCCUGCUCAGCUUCCAUCUUGCUCUGGAAUGUGUUUUCACUGGUAAAGCUCCCUAGACUGCUUCCAGAAAUGCCUACAGCGGACACCAUCCUGAAGGUGCCAAGCAGCGCAAAUAAAGCUCAUUCUCUUUUUCAGGUAGGAUCCUCAGAUGCACUUGUGAGGAUAUUUACAGGUCAGCACUUUGAGAAGAAAUCCCAGUCCUGCUUGAAAAGUCAGAUUUCUCCUGAGUUAGAAGUCAUUGUCCAGAAGCACAGAGCCUCUGAGAUAGAACCAUGGGAUCCUCCAUGCCCCAGGGAACUUUAGGAGAUUCAUGACUGCAAGACACACACGAAGACAUGUGUCACCUUACAGCCCAGCCACGCAGCUAUUCCUUCAGUGUUUCCUAAUGGCUGCCAGUUCACAUUCUAGCUUUGGUGGAGCCUGUGUUGCCCCCUCUAAUAAGCAAACAGCAAAUAAGAUUCUCUACUGAGAGCACUGAGCUCUCACUACUGAGAGAGCAGCAAAGCACGAAACAAGAAACAAAGAAGAAAAGAAAAACAGUUUAAAGGCUGGAAGAAAAGUGAUCAUCAUGAGGGAUACAGAGAAUCCCUCAAGGCAGGAGAGGAAGGGAAGCUCCUGUAGCCCCACCUGUGAUUCCAGGCUCGGUGUGUGCAGCAGUCACAACUCACCCAAACGCCGUUCCAAACAUGACACCGCCCACCAGGCCCUGCAGGCCCAAGUGCAUUCUGAACAGGGCUCCUGUGAAAGCUAAAAAAAGAACAAACCCACUGAAACUAGAAUCAGCCCUGCCACAGACAUCUCACACCAACACACGGAAUUGCUUUGCUGCAUUUCUCUUCUGCAUGAGCUGACAUCUGCUUUUAACAGAGCAGAAACCAAGUGCCAUGGCCAAGUGCCACGGGACAGACCUUCACCACAAAGUCACCAUAGUCUCUGCACUGAAACACUGCACAAAGUUCCUUCUGCUUCACAAAAACUGCCAAAGUUUUUGCUGUAUCAUAGAAGUAUCUAUGAAAGUAAAACCAAGCUCUCUCUAGGCUGGAGCAUGAUCUCCCUCACCCUUUUUUCUAUUCAACAACCGCUAAUAAUAGUAGCUGCCAUGUAAGGCAAAAAAGAUCAGUAAAAAGUGUAUCCAAGUGUAAGGGCAAUAAAGCCUGUAAAACUGAAAAAGCAGAUCACUUACCCAGAGCCCUGUUGCCAAAAGUGGGCAUGCAAAACUUAGCAUGAAAAGGGCAGCUUAUAAACAGUGUGCUGAAUUGUUACCAAGAGUGGAAAUAAAAAAUGCUUUCCCUGUUAAAUAGGUGCUUAUGAGAACAGGUUAUGCACCAAGUGUUGCCUUUACCCCACAGAAGCAUUUUUCACCCAAAAUACUCCAGCAAGUAUCUUGAAGAUGAAGAUAACCACAAUCUCCCUAAUGGUUUCAGCAGUGCAUCAGUAUCUCUGUUACAAAUAAAGGCACACAGCAGGCAAACAACAGAGCAAAGUCAGUGGAAUAAGAAACAAAACCCAAGAGCACAGAAGCUGCUCAGUCCCAAGAGAUGUGGAUACUUGCUAAUGCUUUUCUGCUACAACCCUUGCUAACAAAGAGAAGCACACAAGGUUACAGCCCUCUUACCUCCUGCUGCUGCAAAAUUACUGAUGGUGGUUUUAUCACGGUACGCAGACAGGCCCGUGCUCACCACGCUGCAAAGGCAAGGCACAGAAGUCAGCAGUUGCACGUGGAAAAAGAGGGGUAGCAAAACACAGCCUGAAAUAAACCUGUAUUUCAUUAAACCAGUCCUCAGGUUACCUCUAAUUGCCUGGCUGCCCAUCUGUUUAGAGUACACACAAGCCAGCCAUGACUUCUGUGACUUUACUGUGGGCAGCUGCAGAGACACAGGCCAGGGAAUAUCAGAGUUCUGGAAUUGGAUCUUAGAUACUCUUUUUUUUUAAUCAAAGAUUUUUCUUUCCUAUCAUAUAGAAUCAUAGAAUCAGAAUGGUAUAGGUUGGAGUGAUGUUAAAGGUCACCCAGUUCGAAGCCCUCACGGCAGGCAGGGGCACCUUCCACUGGACCAGGUUGCUCAGAGCUCCAUUCAGCCUGGCCUUGAACACCUUUCAGGGAUGGGGCAUCCACAGCUUCUCUGAACGACCUGUUCUAAUGCCUGGGAACAUGUAAUAUAGUCAAGGAGAAAAGAAUUUGAGCAAUGAAAAAGUCCUAUCAGUCAGCCAGUCCUGAUGUAGGACAUUUUCCCCAGAAGCUGAUCCAUGUGUCAGUAAGAUCCUGCCUUGUAAAACAGUCCCCAGUACAACAGCCUAAGUCACACUCAUGACAUCAGCAGGGUCACCUAUUCUUGUGGCAUCAGAUUUCCCUUUGGGGUAGGUAAACCAACUCCUCCUAAACAUCAGCUAAGCCCCAAAACACUGUUCUCAGUUCAGCAGCCACAUACUCUCCAGCCUCCUGCAUGACAUUGACAAGCCAGCAGCAAUCCUCCUCUCCUUCCCAACACAGAGAAACGCAAACAAUUUAGAUUUUAAUUGUGAAACUAAAGUUUUCGCAACUGCAGGACAGAAUUUUCAACUUGGGCUUUACAGAAACAAUGUGGAGCAGCAAAUAGCUUUGUUCAGAACCCUUUCCAAGGGCUGGUGAAAAAGGGGCAGAUCUGACUGCAGGGGAGACACCUGGUGGAAGAUGACGAGGUUACAUGACAAAUCCAAAAAAAACCCAAAGAAAUCAAAAGAUCCAGGAGAGAAAGCAAACAGCACACUAACUAAGGCUAAAAACAGAGACUAAACUAAAAAGAGCCACACAAACCAAGAGACAGUAGGGAAGAAAUUUAGAAAGGAACAAAAAUAUUAGGGAAAUAGAAA